GGUGUCAGGUGUGAACUCUGGUGUCAGGUGUGAACUCUGGUGUCAGGUGUGAACUCAGGUGUCAGGUGUGAACUCUGGUAUCAGGUAUUAAUUCAGCUGUAACUCUGCCAAGAUCUCCAGGCUAACGUCAUUUUUUCAAGGAUGCAGGUGAAGAGAGUCGUCCUCAACUCCCGCCCAGGUAAAAAUGGGGAGCCAGUCCCUGAAAAUUUCCGUGUGGAGGAGUCAACUCUGGCCACUGACCUGAGCGAUGGGGAGGUGCUUGUUCGGACGCUUUGGCUCUCAGUCGACCCUUACAUGCGGUGCAGAAUGAAUGAAGACACCGGUGUGGAGUAUGAGACACCCUGGCAGCUGUCUGAGCGUGUGGACGGUGGCGGUCUCGGUGUGAUCGAGUCCAGCCGCUGCAGCUCUUGCAGUAAGGGAGAUUUUGUCACUUCAUUCGUCUGGCCGUGGCAGACCCAUGCUGUUAUGAAAGAAGGAGACUUGCAGAAGGUGGAGCCAGAGUUGGUUGAUGGACACUUGUCCUACUAUCUGGGUGCAGUUGGUCUCACAGGCCUCACUGCACUGUUGGGCAUCAGGGAGAAGGGUCACGUGACCAAAGGAGCCAAUCAGACGAUGGUGGUGAGCGCCGCGGCCGGGGCCUGCGGCUCCAUGGCUGGACAGAUCGGCAGGCUGGAGGGCUGUGUGAAGGUCGUUGGGAUUUGCGGCUCUGAUGAGAAGUGCAAAGCUUUAGUGGAUGACCUGGGCUUUUCUGCAGCCGUCAACUACAACCACGAGGACGCCAUUGCAAAGCUGAAGGAGAGCUGCCCUGAUGGGAUCGAUGUUUACUUUGACAACGUGGGAGGUGAAAUCAGUGAUGCUGUAAUCGCACAGAUGAACAAGGACAGUUAUGUGAUCGUUUGUGGGCAGAUCUCACAGUACAACAAGGACGUGCCGAAUCCUCCGCCCCUGAGCGAGGAGACGCAGGAAACCCUGAAAAAGAAGAACAUCACCCGGGAGCAAUUCUUUUCGCUUAAUUACAUGGACAGAGUAGAAGAGACCCUUUAUGAACUCAGCCAGGGGGUUAAAUCAGGUGACAUUAAGGCGCUGGAAACUGUCGCGAAUGGUAUUGAAAAUAUGGGAGAUGCAUUUUGCUCCAUGAUGAAAGGCGGGAACAUCGGCAAGCAAGUUGUGAAGAUAUCAGAGUGAAAAAAAUUGAGAAAUUAACCUACAGUCUUUUCUGUUGCUGCCGUUAACAAGAACUCAUUGAAUGUUUGAAUGAUUUUGCAUUGAUUAUCUAA